AUGGAUUCCAGCUUCCUUGGUCGCCCGCCGACGCGUCGACGCGCAUUCGGUAACGGCACCAAUCGCGCAAAUGAGGGCCCACGUCCCCAGCGGGGCAACGAAAAGCGCAGCAACAGUUAUGCAUCUUCGUCGCCUCCACCGCUUCCCCACAACGAGUCUAUAGUUCCAAAUGGUACGCUUUCCGUUUGGCACGAGGACGUUUCGCCAGAGAACAAGCGUCUGUCCGCUGUUCAAGCCCACGAAGGUCGACCUCACAACCCGAAGCGCGAUUCCAAAAUAUCUAAUGCAAGCACCAAUGCUUCCAGUUCAAACCGCCGCCGCAAGACACACAUUGGUCCUUGGCAGUUGGGAAGAACCAUUGGACGAGGUGGCUGCUCGCGUGUGCGGCUUGUCAGGCACAGCGGCACAGGACAAUAUGGCGCCGCGAAGAUCAUCUCCAAGGCUACGGCAGAGAAAGUGCGCGCCCUGAGCUUGGCCAACCUCAUUCAGAGUGCUGAGCAAGAGUCUUCACUAUACCCUGAUGGCAAGGUGAUUCCAUUUGGCCUUGAACGAGAGAUAUGCAUUAUGAAGUUGCUGGAUCAUCCCAACAUCGUCCGCCUUUAUGAUAUCUGGGAAAACCGCGAUGAGCUGUACCUCAUCAUGGAGUUUGUCGAAGGCGGCGAACUGUUCAGCUAUAUCCACGAGCAGCAUGGACUGAUUGAGAUCCAUACCGUCCAUAUCUUCCGCCAGAUAAUCGCGGCCCUGGUUUACUGCCAUCGUAUCAAUAUCCACCAUCGCGACCUCAAGCCCGAGAACAUUCUGCUGGACAGAGAUACCAUGACGGUCAAGCUUGUCGAUUUUGGCAUGGCUGCAUUACAGCCCAUUGGCAAGAAGCUUACCACACCCUGCGGCAGCCCUCAUUACGCUGCACCGGAGGUUAUCAAGACUACAUCUUAUGAUGGAGGAAAGGCAGAUGUAUGGAGCUGUGGCGUCAUCUUGUUUGUUCUCCUCACCGGCACGCCUCCCUUCAACUACUCUGGUGAUGACCGUGAUCUGAAGCACCUGUUUCGCGACAUCGCAGCGGCCAAGUAUAUCAUGCCGGACAACAUCUCUAGAGAAGCUCAAGACCUUAUUGGGAGGAUUCUGAUCGCUGAUCCAAACCGUCGCAUCUCCAUCGAUGAGAUCUGGGAUCAUCCUUUUCUCCGCAAGUAUUCGCAAGAGCUAAACUUUAUGGGAGAGAACGCCAACGUUAACCACUGGACUGGACCUCUCCCUGCCAUUGCAGAGUGGACAAAUCUAGAGCGCAAAACCGUCGACCGUGAGAUCUUGCGGUAUCUGCGCACGCUCUGGCACAGCGAGAAGGAGGAGGUUCUGAUCCAGAAGCUAUUGAGUCAAGAAGCAAACCAGGAGAAAUAUUUCUACUCUGCGCUGGAGAAAUACCACACCGACCAGCUUGAGAACUACCAACCGAGCGCGCAUUAUGCCGUAGCUCAUUCCAACAGCGACCACCACCACAAUACGCGGCAUUCGCCCAAACGCAAUGAUAUAAACGAACUGUCCACAAAAAAUUACGAUCACAAGCGUUCGCAGUCCGCCUACUCAAUAUUGAACAAUGAGCAUCUAUACUCGAAGCACAGCCUCUAUGAGUCGCCUGUCUCUGAAGCUAGCUACGACCCAUACCGAGCUUCACGGCAGCCGAUCGUUCCCAUUCCAGAAGACGCACCGCUCAACCAAAAUGUUACAGUUCACCGGGGGCACAGCAGCUGCAGCGGCAACCAACGUCUUACCACUGCUCUGGGACAUGAAAAGGGAAACUCAUUACGCGUUCAGGCACUACGGAACAACUCCAAGCAUAGCUCUGCAACGUCGCGCCGCUCUACGCGAAGCAUUCCCUCUCAUAAGAGCAUCCCUUCUUCUCAUCGCGCCCCUUCGGUUCAGCGGAGUUCAAUGUCUCGGUACUCUCUUGCGAGCUCACACUGGCCUAGUAGUCCACCCGUCAUUGCUCGCUCCGCUGGCAUGGGAAAGCGAGGUGUGAGCUUUUCGCAUCUGCGUGAUCGUCGGUCUUCCGCGGCAACAGUUAGCAGCUGGCAGACUGAAGUCGGAUCUUUUGUCGACCAUAUGUCUCAUAGACCGCACACGUCUAUUGGGUCUUACAGGCCGUCUUGCAAGACGAACACGAUCUGUUCAGCCCUCAAGCCGAGGACCCUUCUGAACUCGGAGACGCCACGCCUGAAGCUUAGAAAGCCAGAGAGUCCUACAAAACACAUUGAAGGAGAGGCUCGGAAGUUCAGCCAAGAUUUGGACAAAUUCAUGGACGUGGUUUUUAAUUCUUCCGUUGGCUCUAGUGUUCGGUCAGAUGCUUAUCACGACGCCUCGCAGUAUGACAGCCCUCCGACUUCAUUCUCUAACACACGGGACUCUGGCGGCAGUACUUUGGGCGCCACACCUGGUGUCAAGGGGCUUCUUGGAGAUCGGCCACUGCCUCCGAUCCCGGCGGAGACUCCCAAUACUCUCCUGGAGCGAAAGCUGGCGGCGACUCGUGAAGAGAUAGCCCAGCUAUUGAACGAGGAUGAGAGUAGCACCGCACGAAUCAACAACGUACUUGAAAACCUCGAUCGCUUGAUGCUGCCUGCAGUCGGUGGCAAGCGUAUAGUAUCCGCUCCUGUCAAGUCUCCGGAGCCUAGGUCGCUUCGUGUGAUUCCUGAGGAGGCAAAGGCUGAUAGUGGAGAUGGGUUUGAAAUCCACGUUCCCAAGCAGCGAGCUGUCGCUGACCCUAUUAGGCCGCAAGGCCGUCGUGUGGUGACCGAGCUGCCGCAGACUAUUCGUAUCGUCGAUGGAUCGCCCAUCCGCAUUGCCCCUUUGAACGUUCGCAAGCGCAGUGGUGCAAGCUUAAAGACGAAUGCUACACAGGAAGCGCCUGCGAUACCCAUCCUCCAGUCAUACCAUCAUGUACAGAAUGAUCUGCAGGCUCUACCUACGGAAGACGUCCCUCCCACCCUCGAAAAGCAAAACACAGUGCUCAAGAAGAAGAAGUCGCUAUGGUUUCGUCGCAAUACAGGAGAACAGGAGCGCGAGCAGGAGAACAAAGAGAACCAAGUAAAGAAGAAGCAGUCGAAUUCGCUACUUCAGAUCCCGGAGGCAUGGCAAGGACUUGACGACCGCAAGGAGAGGAACGAUCGUAUGGCCUUUGCGAACAUCGAUAACACAAAGGAUGAACACAAGCUGUCAGAUGGCAGUAUUGGAAGCGAGUUUCCCAUGCGCAAUAGUAGUGCAGCUACUGCGAAGAGCGAGUCUGUUCGCAAAGGCUUCUUCGCCUUCUUUGGCAAGAAGUCGAAGGAUGACAAGGGCAAGAGACCUAUGGAGCUGGGGGCACUCAAUUUCAGCUCAUCUUCCAUCUUAUCCAACUUUGACAUCGGAUCCGACAACAACAACGAUAAUGCUCGUGCCGGUCCACCAGAGAUCCAGAUGAACUGGUUAUCACGCUUCCUCCACAUCAAGCCGGCGAGCAAGACCCUCUGCUUCCAUAUCGGCCGUGGCAAAGUUCGUCAGGAUCUCGUUCGUCUGCUGCGCGACUGGCAGCGCUUCGGCGUUCAGGACGUAUCGCUGGAUCGCGAAGUAAACUCCAUCAGCGCACGCAUUGACAAGAGUAACCACCUCAAGAUCAAGCCCGUAACUUUUGUCAUCGAGCUCUUCGUCGUACUCGAACACGGACGCCGCGCGAAUCUUUGCCUCGCACGCUUCACGCAAACCCGCGGCGCAGCCUCCAGUUUUCGAAAGGUUGUCGAUAUCGUCGAAGACGUCUGCCGCGCUCGCUGCAUGUUGGUUGAGGAUGAAGAGAAAAAGGCUUCCAUGAUGGCGGUUUUGGAGUAG